UUAAUUUCGCUCACAAUAGUGGAUUCUUUCAAAAGGUAUAUUUGGUUCUUUAUUCCACAAUUAUAGAGGAGGACUUCUGGAACGGUGUUGAGAUUUUUUGAGGAAAUUGGAAAAUCUCCUAAAAUAUCGAGGAGGACUUACCAAGCAAAAUUCUUCUGUGUCAGGCAGUUUUAGUAGGACCAUUUAGAGCCCUGAUGGAAGACAAAAGGAUUAAUCAAUUUUACCCACAACAUUGGACCAAUUCCGCAGGUGCAAAUUCCAGUCAAGCAGUUUCUUCAGGAGAUGGUCGUUUGAGUGUCAGUGAUGGGAGAGAAAGGCUGGAAGCGAUUGCAGCCACAAAUUCUUCAAAUGUUCAAAAGAGUUGGACAUUUCUGGAGAUGCAAAUUUCAAUCGAGCAGCAUCAUUGGGGUAGGGUCGUUGGAAUGCCUGUGAUGGGAGAAAGAGGGUGGACGCGAUUGCAAUCACAACGUUGGACCAAUUCUGCAGAUUCCAGUCAACCAGUCUCUUCAGGAGAGGAUCUAUGGGGUGCCUUGGAUGGGAGAGAAAGAAACGAUUGCAAUCACAACGUUGGACCAAGUCUGCAGAUUCCAGUCAACCAGUCUCUUCAGGAGAUAAUCCUUGGGAUGCCUUGGAUGGGAGAGAAAGAAUUGAUUGCAAUCACAACGGAGGACCUUCAUCAAUCGGGAGUGCUUCGGGAGUGUCGUGUGGAGCGUUCUACUUCGAGCUUCGAAGGCUCCAAUGCACGGGAUCUCGGAAUUUCCGGGAUCCUUAGUCUUGGAAACUUCGGAACUCGAAUCACAAGUUCUCCAGAACUUUGGAUUUCGAAAUCUUCGAAAUCCAUUGUUCUGGAGAUCUUGGGAUUUGUAUUCCGUUGUUUCCAAGACUUAGUAUCCCGGAACUUCCAGAUUUCGUGCAUUGGGGACUUCUUGGUUCGAAAUCGAACACUCCAAAAUCCGGGACUUGUCCCGGACGGUCUUCGAAUCACAAAAUAUUUCGCACUAGACCUGGUAGGCGUGAAAAAUUUAUUUUUGUCUUUUUUAACGUUUAAAUAAAAAACACAGUUUGUA